AUGAUAAUUGGAAUAUCGCAAAUUGCUGAGAGAUUUUUCGGAUCUAUUUCUCUGGCCUCUGUCUUGCUCCUUAUCUCCCUCUUCUAUCACACUCAUCUGUUUCUCUCUCUCACUUACCUUCACUCCAUCUCUUUCUCUCUCUCACUUACCUUCAUUCCAUCUCUUUCCCUCUCUCACUUACCUUCAUUCCAUCUCUUUGUCUCUCUUUCACUUACCUUCACUCCAUCUCUUUCUCUCUCUCACUUACCUUCAUUCCAUCUCUUUCCCUCUCUCACUUACCUUCAUUCCAUCUCUUUGUCUCUCUUUCACUUACCUUCACUCCAUCUCUUUCUCUUUCUCUCACUUACCUUCGCUCCAUCUCUUUCUCUCUCUCUCUCUCACUUACCUUCACUCCAUCUCUUUCUCUCUCUCACUUACCUUCACUCCAUCUCUUUCUCUCACUUACCUUCACUCCAUCUCUCUCUCUCUCUCUCUCUCACUUACCUUCACUCCAUCUCUUUCUCUUUCUCUCACUUACCUUCACUCCAUCUCUUUCACUCUCUCUCACUUACCGUCAUUCCAUAUCUCUCUAUCUCUCUCUCACUUACCUUCACUCCAUCUCUCUCUCUCUCUCUCUCUCACUUACCUUCACUCCAUCUCUCUUUCUCUCUCUCUCACUUACCUUCACUCCAUCUCUCUCUCUCUCUCUCUCUCUCUCUCUCCUCUCUCUUCUCUCUCUCUCUCUCUUUCUCUCUCUCUCUCUUUCUCUCUUCCUCCAUCUCUUUCUCUCUCUCUCACUUACCUUCACUCCAUCUCUUUCUCUCUAUCACUUACCUGCACUCCAUCUCUUUCUCUUUCUCUCACUUACCUGCACUCCAUCUCUUUCUCUCUCUCUCUUACCUUCACCCCAUCUCUUCUCUCUCUUUUACUUACCUUCACCCCAUCUCUUUCUCUCUCUAUCACUUACCUUCACUCCAUCUCUUUCUCUCUCUUUCACUUACCUUCACUCCAUCUCUUUCUCUCUCUCUCACUUACCUGCACUCCAUCUGUUUCUCUCUCUCUCACUUACCUUCACUCUUUUUCUCUCUCUCACUUACCUUCACUCCAUCUCUUUCUCUCUCUUUCACUUACCUUCACUCCAUCUCUUUUUCUCUCUCUCACUUACCUUCACUCCAUCUCUUUCUCUCUCUUUCACUUACCUUCACUCCAUCUCUUUUUCUCUCUCUCACUUACCUUCACUCCAUCUCUUUCUCUCUCUUUCACUUACCUUCACUCCAUCUCUUUCUCUCUCUCACUUACUUUCAUUCCACUUCCCCAUAUACUUGCAGAAUGACUUUCUUGUAUACUUAA